AAUGACAUGCCCACCAUUACCCGUUCCACCCAGCACUAAGCGCUACAUUCGGGUAGCAAAUUACACGACACUCACUUUUAUGUAGCGCCUAGAUAACAUUAGCAUAGAAAGUAAAUAAUAUUUCUCUUUAUCUUCAUUGAGUGAGAUUUUCUCAUAUCUCUUUAGAAAAAGAAACCUGAUUUGUCUAGUUAUAUCGAACAAGCCGUGACGCAUUGCUAAGUAUCAGCUGGCAACACCUGGAUGCCAUGCCCCGCUGUGCCCCGCGGUGCCGGGGUCGCGACAAUGCGACUGAAGAUAUCAUGAAGACUGACCAAGAUACACACUCCAAUCUCUAUAUAUUCAUCUCGUCAUAAUUCCAGUAAUGGGCUCGAAUUUCCAAGAGCCAUCAAAGUCUACCAAAACCCCAGAUUCGCAAAAUAAAGAGGCAGGGCUCCGUCUAACACCGAGCGCAAAAAGGCAAAAGAUAGAUCACCACCAGAUUCAACCUCAAGGUCAUCCUCACUCCGCCGUGCCGGAGGCGAACGGCGCCUCUCAACAGUCCACAAUGUCGUCCACGUCCGUUCUAGAAACGCUGCAGCUCGAGCACGUGCCUUCGACGCACUCGGUGCACGUCGCCGUGUUCCGCGGUGUCGAGAACGCCGCGUUCCUGCACCAGCAGCUGCUGGCCCGCAACGCAGACUUCGAGUACGCCUUGAUCGACGCCGCCGUGAUUCCUUCACGUAUGCAAGUUCUCAGCGCCGCUUUCAAGGCCAUCACGUUGCAGGUAGCGGGGGCCCUGAAGACGCCGAAUGUACACUCUGAAAUGGUGUAUGCUCUCAGUCCCACCAGUAAUAUCGCCGAAGCCUACCGCCGAUACGGCAUAACGCCGACAACCAAGGACCUAGUCGUCGUCAAAGUACUAGUUUCACCCCCAUCAUCAUCAUCAGCAGCAGCCCAAGACGUAGAGAAGCACUUACUAGCGCACGUAAAAGGACAACCGGCUCCGUUCACGGACGAAACGCUCUCAGCGCUCACGGACUGGGGCCGCGUGCGCAAGUACUACAAGCUGAAUGGCAUGGGCUGGCUGGACGGGAUAAAAGACGCGGGCGCAAAGAACAGGGAGAUGGGGACGUUGGUUAUGGGUGGUAUGGCGUUACGGGGGGUAUAAUUACCUAGGUAAUGACAGUACUAAAAAAAUAUAAAAAAUAAACAAACAAUGAAAUGGUCAAAGAAGUUGAUCUAUACUGGGCGUAAAACAGGCAGAACCAAAAGAGGUAUAUUUGGUACUACUCAUAGGCAUUUUGAUAUCUAUGUAUGUAUAUAUCUAAGCACGCAUGUAUGCACUGAACCUCUGUACAAACUCCGCUUUUGCUCAUCUUGAGUUCCUCAAGUGGGAAA